UUUCUUUGGUUGUUUGUUUGCUACCACCAACUAGCUAGGUUAAGGUUUGUUCGUUGUGUGAACUCUCUGAAUUGUAUAUAAAAUAUUUGGACUUGUGAGUAAAGAUGGGAUGUGACGGAGGAACCAUUCCUAAAAGACACGAACUAGUCAAAGGACCAAAGAAGGUGGAAAAGGUGGACAAAAAUGCAGAGCUUGCUGCCAAGUGGAAAUACUGCAGCCUGAGCCAAGAGAAGCUACGCCGCCCUAUUGUGUCCUGUGAACUUGGGAGGCUAUACAAUAAAGAUGCCAUCAUUGAGUAUCUGUUGGAUAAAUCUGCCGAAAGACCAAACACUGAAGUUGUUGCACACAUACGUGCCAUCAAGGAUAUAAAAGAGUUGAACCUGACUGAUAACCCAGCAUGGGAAGGCGAGAGAAGGAAUGCUAAGGGUGACCGCUAUGAAGACAUGCAUUGCUCUAUGUUUAUCUGCCCUGUAGUGGGACUGGAAAUGAACGGCAAACACAAGUUUUGCUACCUACAAAGCUGUGGCUGCGUGUUUUCAGAACGAGCUCUCCGGGAAGUGAAGACCGAGAUCUGUCAUAAGUGUGGAGACCCCUUUCACGAAGAUGAUCUUGUGGUCCUGAAUGGAAGCAAAGAAGAGCAAGAAGAGCUAAAGAAGGCAAUGGAGGAGAGAAGGGCUAAAGCUAAAACAGCAAAGAAGUCGAAGAAAACCAAGGCUCUUGAGACUGUUUUUAAAUCACCAGAACCAAAAGAUUCCGAGUCUAAAUCGGCAAAUGGAGAGAGCAGCAGCAGUGACUCAGCACCAGGUCCCUCUGGCUGUUCUAAGCUUGUGAAGUCUGCCGCUGCAGCAGGGAGUAAAAGGUCCAUUCAGGAAAUGGAGGAGAAGUCUGAGGCCUACAAAUCCAUCUUUACAUCUCACAGCUCUGCCAAGCGUACCAAAGACCAGAUGUCCAACUGGGUUACCCACACACCCUACCACUUUUAAGGGCCACAUGAGAAGUAGUAUGUGGGAGGAAAAGUGCCCUCUAGUGGUAACAGUGGAUAUAUUUUUUAAAGCUUUUAUCAUUUUGUUUAAAAAGGCAUUUCCCUUAAAGACAUCCGACCUAAUUUAGUAAUUGUGUUUUGUGUACAUUAUUCUUCCAAACACCUUCUUUGUGUAAGCAUAUUUUUAUUUCUGAUUGUUUUUUUCUGACAUAAAAAAAAGUUUUUAUCCCAUUUUCUGUUAUAUUUCACUUAUGUUAUUUACAGUAGUGUUACAUAAAACUGUUGUAUUAGAACUGGUAGAAAUUCAGACUGUUGGUCUCUUGGGGUUUGAGGCCACGUUUAUACUUUUUGUUGAAUAAUAUGUCACUCUCACUGUCAGUAGAGGUCAACCUAUUUAAAUGUUUCCAAUGGAACAGCUUCAGUGUGCAUUGGACUAGAUAAAAAGGAUCAUUUAAAAUGAUGUACUGUUAAAAUGCCCCUCACGCUUAUGUAAAAAUUGAACCAACUCUGUGCAACUGCCCCCAUUACAUAACAGAGCCACUCGAUUUUCUUUAAUUGGUCUCCCACAUCUGUAUAUAUCCUGUGAAAGAGCAUCUUUGAUAAACUUUAUAAAGACUUGCCUAAAUA